UUAAAGAUAGAGAAGUUGAAAAAACAGUAAAAAGCAGAUCCAUUCAUCCCCACAUUUUCUUCUCUCUCUCCAAAACAUUCCUUUUCUUUUCACUGAUCCUUGAAUCUUCUUCUACUAAGAGUAACACCAAAUACUACAACCUUAACUGUUUUUUCAACUUUCAUCCUCUUCCACACACAAAUCCACACUCCAAUAUAAAAAAAAGGAGAAAAAAUAUAAUAUAUAAAGUGUUGUUUUCUUUGACUACACCACAAUUUGUGGGGUGUCUUCUAAAUCAUUGUUUUUCACUUUUGUCUGCCAAAGUUUGAGUCUUUUUGAGUAGCAUUUGCUUAUUCCAGCUAAUUUGCAAGAUUUGCCAUUAGGGUUUUUCUGAAUGUGAAUGAUUGUUUUAGAUGGUGAGAAAGUGAGUGAAAUGUGGUUGGUACAUGUUUUGGAACUUGAUGAAGGAAGUGGAAGUGUAAAUGAGAGAUUUUGAGAGAUGGGUUGUGUGUUUGGUAAAGAGUCAUUGGUGGAGGAGAGGAGAGAGGAAGUGAGAGAAGAGAAAGUAGAUGUGGGUGGUGGUGGAGAGGUUGAGAAUGUGAAAGAGGGUGGAGAGGAGAAGAGAGUGAGGCAUGGUGGGGAGAGAAGAAGGCGAUCUUCGAAGGCGAAUCCGAGGUUGAGUAAUCCUUCUAACAAUGUUCAUGGUGAACAGGUUGCAGCUGGUUGGCCUUCUUGGCUUUCUAAGGUUGCUGGUGAAGCUAUCAAUGGUUUGGUUCCUAGGAGGGCUGAUAGUUUUGAGAAGCUUGAUAAGAUUGGGCAAGGAACGUAUAGCAAUGUUUACAAGGCUAGGGAUACUUUAACGGGGAAGAUUGUUGCGCUAAAGAAGGUUCGUUUCGACAAUUUAGAGCCCGAGAGUGUGAAGUUCAUGGCUAGAGAGAUUCUGAUUCUGCGUCGUUUGGAUCAUCCCAAUGUUGUUAAACUUGAAGGCUUGGUGACUUCAAGAAUGUCGUGUAGUUUGUAUCUUGUGUUUGAAUACAUGGCUCAUGAUUUAGCUGGGCUCGCUACAAACCCUGCAAUUAAGUUCACAGAGCCUCAGGUAAAAUGCUACAUGCAUCAACUAUUUUCUGGGCUGGAACAUUGUCACAACCGUCAUGUGCUGCAUCGUGAUAUAAAGGGUUCGAACCUUCUUAUUGACAACGAUGGAAUUCUCAAGAUUGCUGAUUUUGGACUAGCUUCCUUCUUUGAUCCUGAUCACAAGCACCCGAUGACAAGUAGAGUGGUGACUUUAUGGUAUCGACCUCCAGAGCUUCUUCUUGGAGCCACCGAGUAUGGUGUAGGAGUGGACCUUUGGAGUGCUGGCUGCAUUCUUGCAGAAUUGUUGGCUGGAAAACCUAUCAUGCCUGGUCGAACCGAGGUGGAGCAACUACAUAAGAUAUUUAAGCUAUGUGGUUCUCCUUCUGAAGAAUAUUGGAAAAAAUCAAAGCUUCCACAUGCUACCAUUUUUAAGCCACAACAAUCAUACAAGCGAUGCAUAGUGGAGACUUUUAAGAAUUUUCCACCAUCAUCCCUGCCACUGAUCGAGACCCUUCUCGCAAUUGAUCCAGAUGAACGUCUGACUGCCACUGCUGCAUUGCAUAGUGAAUUCUUUAUUACAAAGCCUUAUGCUUGUGAUCCCUCUAGUCUUCCUAAAUAUCCUCCUAGCAAGGAGAUGGAUGCGAAACUACGCGACGAAGAAGCUAGAAGAUUGAGAGCAGCUGGUAGAUCGAAUGCUGACGGUGUCAAGAAAUCCCGCCCACGUGAGCGGGUAGCGAGGGGCCUUCCCGUUCCAGACGCCAAUGCUGAGCUGCAAGCAAACAUCGAUAGACGGCGAUUGAUCACGCACGCAAACGCCAAGAGCAAGAGUGAAAAAUUUCCACCUCCACACCAAGACGGAGCUCUUGGCUAUCCUCUCGGCUCUUCCCAACACAUGGAUCCCAUGUUCGAUCCACCGGACGUACCAUUCAGUUCCACAAACUUGUCACUACCCAAAACAAAUAUCCAUACAUGGUCCGGUCCACUGGUAGAACCCGGCAGCGUCAGUGCACCGAGGAGAAAGAAGAAACAUGGCAGGUGAUGGAUAAACAUACACAAUCCAAACUCAUCAAAACAAGGCUCAAAAGGAUGAUAAUUAAUGUAUAACGAGUAAAAGAAAUAUUAAUUCUUCUAGUAUUACAUUACACCAAUCAUUUUUUAGCUGCAAAUGUUGAUCUUUGUAUAUCUUUGUUUUUAUUUUUUUUUUGGUUUUCCACUUAAAUUAAAGAGUUAAAUAAAAUGUUUAUGGUAUAACCAAUUAAUGUAUGAACAAUGUGACAUAGGACAAAUGAAGCUAUGACAUUUUACUUUCAUUUUCA